AUGGAUGCCAAGCCUCAACGCCCCCCGAGAGGCUUCCUGCCCCCGAUAGCACACGACGAGAACGCACCACCUGCUGCCCAUCUCCUCCAUCAACGGCACAAGUCAGCAGGAAACCUCAAGGCCAUGGCUGGCAAUGGCGGGAUUAAGAACGGCAUCCGCCGAGCUGUUUUCGCCGAUGUCAGCAACAACGCUGCACGCGUCCCAAUCGUGGACGCAAAGCAUGCGAUGCCCAAGUCGAACAUCGGCAAGGAGAACGCCCCACAGGGCAAGUCAACCUUUCUCCAACCUGCUCAACGGCCAAAGAACUAUGCGUCGGUGGCAGAUCUACGAAGCUUUCACCAGGCUCGCGAGACUGAGGCUAUCCCCAGGGCAGCGCAUCUUGUACCUCUGAAUGAUUCGCACGCGCCAGCCGUCCCCAAACAUGGUGCUGCCAAGAAGACCAUGAUCUACAACGACGCGGAGAGCAACCAGCCACACAGCCAACAAUACCAUCACGAAACCGCACAGACAAGACAGCAGCCCACAGAUUGCAAGAGCCCGCGCCAAUAUAGGAGCCAGCCCCACCUCAAGGCCGAUCAACCUGUCCUCCGGCGAACUCAGAGCCGCACGCUCAACGACCAUAGCAAGCAACACGAGCCAGUCGUCUUGCAAGAUGAAGAUGUGGUGGACACACCCUACGUAGAUGCUGUCGAGGACCUGCGGCUCUUGGACUGGCCCGUUCGCGAAGUCGAUGAGAAGGAUCUGGAGCACCACGCAGACAUCUACGACGACAUCGAUGUGCGCGCCCUGCAGGCUCUCGGUCAGGAUCUGGCCGUGGCUGUGGGUUCCGAGAGCGAGGUCCUGCCCAUCGAAGCCACCUCGCUUUCGCAGCAAGGCGUUGCCACCCAGCCCCUGUCGGAAGCUGAGGAGUAUUGGGACGAGGACGAAGAGUUCUACGACGACCAAGGUUAUACGACCGCUCAUUCCUAUCGCUCUCUUGGAGACAACACUACCGGAGGUGCAACCACCGUCAUAGUCCCCAAGGUCACUGCCAAGAUCCAGAGGGAGCUCGACAACGCCAAGGUUCUUGUCGAGAGCCGGCUCACUCAGGAAGAGCUGGAUGAAGAGGCUUGGGACGUUAGUAUGGUCGCCGAGUACGGUGAUGAGAUCUUCGACUACAUGAAGCAGCUCGAGGCCAAGAUGCUCCCGGAUUCUCACUAUAUGGACAAUCAGACCGAGAUCCAGUGGUCCAUGCGGUCGGUGCUGAUGGAAUGGCUUGUGCAGGUGCACCAUAGGUUCAGCCUCCUGCCAGAGACGUUGUUCUUGACUGUCAACUACAUCGACCGAUUUCUGACCUCCAAGAUCGUUUCGGUUGGCAAGCUCCAGCUCGUCGGCGCCACUGCCAUUUUCAUUGCUGCCAAAUACGAAGAGAUUAACUGCCCUUCGAUCCAGGAGAUCGUGUACAUGGUCGACGGCGGUUAUUCUGUCGACGAGAUCCUCAAGGCUGAGCGCUUCAUGCUCAGCAUGCUUGGCUUUGAGCUCGGCUGGCCCGGACCGAUGAGCUUCCUGCGGAGAAUCAGCAAGGCCGAUGAGUAUGACCUAGAGACUCGCACCCUCGCGAAAUACUUCCUCGAGGUCACUAUCAUGGACGAGCGCUUCGUCGGCAGCCCGCCGAGCUUCUUAGCUGCUGGGGCUCACUGCCUUGCGCGAGCUAUGCUCGGCAAGGGCGAUUGGUCACCCGCUCACACCCACUACUCUGGCUACACCUGGAGCCAGCUCAAGCACCUCGUGGUUAUGAUCCUGGAGUGCUGCCAGACUCCCCGCAUCCACCACUCGGCGGUGUAUGAGAAGUAUGCCGACCGCCGUUUCAAGAAGGCCUCCAUCUUUGUCGAAGAGGAGAUCCAGAAGGGUUUCGUCAUUGCCCCUCAGCCAGCUUCGAUGCGCUUCUCGAUUCCCAAUCUACUCGAUGACAGCUCAGUAGUCCAGCACUUCGCGUCGCGCGAGGCUGGCUUGCUGAUCCCUAUUGAGGGCUGA